AUGAAUCAUCUGUGUGCGAAGUUGGGCGUCGACGAGUUGCCCGAGGAGACGCAGGUGCGCACGUACGUGGCCAAUCUACGGAAGUCUAAUCCGGGCAAGUACCGCCAGGCCAGCAAGCAUGCUUGGAUGCCCGCGGACUUCGAGGCUCUCUGUGCGUCUCCGCUAUGGCAGAAGCUUGAGGAGCUAGUGGACGACAGUCGGCUGACGAUUCUGUCCGAGUCGUACGAUGCGGACUUCUACUUCAUCUUCACGGUUCCUCGACUCGUCACAGCAGUUCUGGAGAAGCUUGUGAACAAGAAGCAAAUCAAGCUGUCGACAGACGGCACCCACAGCCUGGUCCGAGAUGGGUUCCGAUUGAUUUGCUUCGGUGUGCAGAUCAAGUCGAGGAGGUGCCCAUCUACGACCAGCUUCAAGGAGGUUUUGUUCGCGCUGGUGGCGUCCGAGUCGCGCGUGACGUACACUGCAGUGUUCAACGCCGCCCAGCGCUGCUGGCGGAAGCUCGCUCAGGUCAGGAUGCAGCGCCUCUGCACGUCGCAACGUAAAUUCGGUAUAGGCCGCAUACUUAGGUCGAGUUGUCACAAUGUCCACAACAUACUUUGGUCCCGCAGGCGGAGCUCCAGCCCUGCCAACUGGCCGGCGACCUGCAUGUGGGCUUGGAGCAAGCUCGAGUCUCCGUCUUCGGCGAGGAGUGCGCCAGGAACGCGGAUUUUUCGCACCUUGUGGCAGCGAACCGGAAGAAGCCCGUGGACAACGCUCGGCCAGACGCAGAAAAAAUCAACUCCUGGAGGAAGGGCAUCUUCUCGGUGGUGGAAAAGCACCAGGUGCGGGAGGCUGGCUGGCGUGCGCAUGCUGGGCCAGUGCGUAGACGAUCGUAGACGAAGUCAGAGCGUAAGUAUAGAUCUCAGAGACCCCGACUCCCCUGCAUGGCCCUGCUCCGAUGAAGCGCCAAAGGACACCGUGAAGCUGGUGCAGGACGUGGUGCACCUCACUCGAUUCAGCACGCCGGGGAUGUUCGAUCUCGUUUGGCAAAGCUUGCUGGACUACUUGCAGACCUCGGGCGAGGGAGACGUGGCGACAGCCCUGGAACGGCACUAUGUGGAGCGCGACGAGGAGGGCGUGCUCUCGGCGUGCUGGUGCGGGUGCUACAGCAGAUGCGCGCCCGGCUACGCGAGUGGGUCGCAAAGCCAAGAAAAUUGGCACAAAACGCGGCUGAAGUCGUGUGUGUCCCUGAGGAUGACGGUUCCAGAUUUCUUCGAAAGCCUUCACGGACUCCUUCUGACCAGGGCAGCCACUUUCCGAAAUAGCAGCGAGAGAUGGCUCGACGUCCCGUCCGCUUGGGACACGUCGCUGCUGGCAGGGGAUCUUCUCAGAGGCGAUGGACGCACCACGGCAGAAGAGUACAUGCAGAGUGGAUGUGUGCUGGAGCACGAGGCCCGUGGGCGAUGA